AUGUUAUUUAAAUUAAAUAAUUUUCAAGAAUCAUUCGAAAUUUUCUCAUCUUUGAAAAAAAUCGAUCCUUCCUAAAAUUUAUAGUAUUACCUUGGAAUCUGUCAUAAUGAAUAACACUAAUAUAUAGAUGCCUUAAAAUAUUUAAAUUAAUAUGUCAAAACUGGUAAGGAAGAUUUAGAAAAAGUUUAUUUAAUUGUAAUAAUAUUAUUAAUAUAGAUUGGUUAAGCCAAUCUAAAUUUAUUCAAAUAUGAUGAAGCUAUUGAAAGUUACCUCCAUUGUAUUAAAUUGAAUCCUAAUAAUUCUGAAGCACAUUUCUUACUUGGAAAUGUUUAUAAAUAAAAUAAACUAUUGGAAGAAGCUAUGAAAGCUUACGAAUAGGCACUAAAUAUCGAUAAUUAUAACCAUUUGUAUAAAUAAGCAUUAGGUAUUUAUUGAAUAAAGUUUAUUAAGAAAAUUUAAUAAAUGAAAAAUCAUAUUUGUAAGAUUAUAGAAAUAGUCUCCUUUUUACUUUGAUCACAUUUAUUGGAUGUUGCUAGCUGGAUCCUAAGGCUGAUGGUUUUGAGAAAAAGUAAAACGAUAAAUAUCUAACUUUAUUAACUUUGAUGGAAACACAUUUAAAAAAAAGAUUCAAAACAAUUGACAAACAUUUUGAACAAUUAAAAGAAUUGAUCGGAUAAUCAUAUGAUAUGAAAUUAACUUUAAUUGAUGAUACUUUGUUCCCUAUAAUGCAAUUUUGGCACAAUUAAAAAAUUUGCAAAAAAAAAAAGGAUAACAACGAUUUAGUAUUUUCAAUGAUAAAUGCUGCAAAAACUUUAAUUAAUUAAAAUAAUGAAAAGAUUUUGAAUUUUAUAGAGAAUGGAAAAUCUUUAAAUAAUCGAUUCUGUGUUGACUUUUUAUAGAAAUGUCAACAUGAAUUAUAUUAAAAGAGAAGUGGUAACAUAGGUUUGCUCGAUGGAAUAAAAAUAAUUGGCUUUUUAAUAAAAUAUCACAAAGAAUUCAAUUCUGAAACAUAAAGUUUUUCUGAAUUCAUUGCAAACAAAUAUUUUAUUGACGAAAUAUAAAUUUUUCAUGAUUCAUAUUAUCAACAGAAUGCUUGA